AAUUUUAUGUGGGGGAAGAGGAGAGGGAAAAGGUUGGGGGGAAAAUUUGGGAGGGAAGGCGGAGGGACCUGCUAAUUCGGGUUCCGUUUCUUCGGGUUCGAGAGCUCCAUCUCUCUCCUCAUCGAGGGUUUCCUCCCGCACUGGUUCGUUCCGUCCGCUUUCAACAGACUCCCACCCCUUUACCAAGUCAGUUUGUCCAAACUGCUGAACUGUUGAUCGUGCAGGUUUGCUGUUUCGUGUUUUUCAUAGUGCAGUUGGGCUGAAGUCUUGGUGCUUUUGCAUUGAAGAUUACGUUUCCGGUCUUCCAUCGUGGAUGAUGAGAACCCUGACUUGGUAGCAAUUCAGACAUGUGACUGAAGUGCAGUCUUGUGCCUUCCUCACGAGGAGGUGCCUUGGACUGAGACCGAUUGCUCUUUCAUGAUGGGUUAGUGAAAUUUUAGUUGCUCGCAUGGUGGCAGAAUUUCUGUACUGACCGACCAUGAGGGGAUUUUUCGUGCAUUAGUUCUGGCAAAGGAAGUUUGGGCAGGUUUGAUAUACAGAAAGUUGAAAUGGAAUGCAAUAAGGAUGAGGCCCUGCGGGCUAGAGAGAUAGCUGAGAAGAAGAUGGAGAGUAAGGAUUACACUGGAGCCCAUAAGCUGAUUUUAAAAGCAAAGCAACUGUUUCCUGAUCUAGAGAAUGUCUCACAGAUGCUGUCUGUUUGCAGCGUUCAUUGCUCUGCUGAAACCAAGGUCCAUGGUGCUGAAAUGGAUUGGUAUGGAAUACUACAGGUUGAACCAACAGCGGAUGAGGCUGCUAUCAAGAAACAAUAUAGAAAGCUCGCUCUGCUUCUUCAUCCUGACAAGAAUAAGUUUGCCGGUGCAGAAUCUGCUUUUAAGCUGAUUGGAGAGGCGAUGAGAAUUCUUUGUGAUCAAGCAAAACGAGUAGUAUAUGACAUGAAGAGGAAUCAUGCAAUGACUAGUACUAGACCUGGUCUGCCUAGGAAGCCUGCACAUACUCGUAGUUCCGUGCGAAAACAAACUGCAUUUCCAAAAGAUUCUAUGAACCAUACUGUUCCACAGUACGCAGGCAUGAAUAGGCAGCAACAACCUCCACCAUCAAAUCCUGCAGCAACAUUUUGGACUAUGUGCCCUUUUUGUUCCAUCAGAUACCAGUAUUACAGGACCAUCGUGAACAAAGCUCUGAAGUGUCAGAACUGUAUGAAGCCAUUCAUUGCUCAUGAGGUCAACAUAACAGGUGCUGGGUUUGGAACUGGAAUGGGAAUGAACCAAUCAUUCUAUCCUCAAAAGAAUGAUGCCACAACUCAAGGAGUUGGUUUUGGUCCUCAUAGAGUUCCUCCGCAAGGAGUUUUUGGAACCACCCACAUGAGUUUUCAUGGAAACGUCUCUGGUUCAAUGCCAUCAAAAAAUACUAAUGAAGUUAAAGAUUCUGAAAUUAAAGGUGCUCAGACCAGGAACCAUUUUGAUGCUGAAAAGGUUGAUGAAUUAAAAAAAACCGCUUGUAUGGAGAACCAACGCACAGGAAGCAAGACAGGCAAGAAACAGAGAAAGGUUGAAUCUGAAUCCAGUGAGGAUGAGAGUGCUGAUGAUGAAGAGUCUGAGGAAAUUAACUUGAAGGAGCAAUUUUGUGCUGAAGAACAUGCAGGAGUAAGCUCUCAACACCCAAGAAGAUCUUCUAGGAAUAGGAAACAUGUAUGUUAUAAUGAAAAUGAAAGCGAGGAUGAUGACACUGUGAGUUUUCCUCCUUCUAAAAGGGCAAAGACGAGUGGAGCAUCUGAAGGCAAUUGCAAGAGUGAAACGGAUUUGGAUCAAGGUGAAAAGAGCAGUGAUGAAGAGUCCAAUGGUACUGCUCCUAAAGCUAAGGACAGUAAAUCAGCAGCAGGUAUUUCUAGAGAAGAAACCAAGACAAAUUCAAAGCUAGAGGAAAACAAUAUGAAAGAAAAUGGUUGUGAGAUUGAUAAAAAAGGCACAAAGGAGAAUCCGUAUGAAAAUGAUGCCGAUAGUGAAGAUUCAACAAAGGAGAGGAUCUUUAUAUGUCCUGAUACAGAAUUUCAUGACUUUGAUGCUGAUAAAACAGGGAGCCAUUUUUCGCCUGAUCAGGUCUGGGCUGUGUAUGAUGAUCUACAUGGGUUGCCUCGUUUUUAUGCUAUAAUCAGGAAGGUCAUCUCUUCAAACUUCAAGGUGCGGAUUACAUGGCUGGAGCCAUCUCCUACUUGUGAAGUGGAGCAAGCUUGGUUUGAUGCCGAGUUACCAGUUGCUUGUGGAAGGUUUUCCCUUGGAAAAACUAUGAUCAGUGAUGAACAUCCAAUGUUUUCUCAUCUGAUGACUUGUGAGACAAGCCGCAGUAAGGAAAUUAAGAUCUACCCUCGUAAGGGUGAGAUUUGGGCCCUUUAUAAGCACUGGGAUAUCAAUUGGAGCUCUGAUCCCGAAAACCACAAGGAACCUGAAUAUGAAAUGGUUGAAAUCCUAAUUGAUUAUUCUGAUGAUACGGGUGGUGAUGUCAUACGGCUGGUAAAGGUGGGAAAAUCUGGAAGCUUGUUCAAGAGAAUGCUAAAUAAGGGGUCUCAGAUCUUGUUUCACAUUCCUGGUGGCCAGGCCUACAGAUUUUCUCAUCAAGUCCCUGCCUAUAAAAUGAGGGGAGAUGAGGCAGAGGAUGUCCCUAGAGACUCCUUUGAGCUCGAUUCUGCUGCUUAUCCUUCUAAUUUUAAAGAUUCGGUGCCUUCCGAAAGCUUGGAUGAAGGUGAAAAUAGAGAAACCUUUUCAGAGGGUCAUACAGUCAAUUCUUCAGACCAUGUAAGCACCAGCCGAAAAAAGGUAUCUGUUUCUGGUCUGCACAAGCCAAAAGCAUCUUCACCUCUCAAGGAUAUGAAAUAUGAAGAAAAGGGAAAAGAUGUGCGGAUGUAUGACAAUGUGAAAAGCAGUACACAGGUCCCUGGAGAUGCAAAUGGAUUGCUGCAUAAAAAGCCCGAGCAAGUUGACACCAGUAAGCAACCCAUCGAUGAAAGAGCCAAGACAAACAGUAAUGGUGUACCUAAGUCCCCUGAAUGCUCUCCAAGGGUUUAUGUUAGGAAUUCUGUGAAUACUAGUAAGUCGGGAGUGAAAUUCAGUCCUGCUAGUGACUCUAAGCAACCUAAAGCGACCUCACCAUCUGCUGAGAGCCCUGGCCGAGCAAAUUCCAGAAGGCGCUUGGUCAAUGAUGCAGGAAAUGAGCAUGCUGUUAGUGGUUCUAAAAAACUUCCAGGCACAGAGUUCCAUGACUUUCAAGAUGACAGGUCGAUUGAUAAGUUCCGGGUGAACCAAAUCUGGGCAGCGUAUGACAGCAUUGGUGGGGUCCCUAGGUUGUAUGCACGAAUAAAGAGGGUGGACUCUUCAGCAAAGAAAAUUUAUCUCACAUGGCUACAGAUUUGUUCCGACAAAAUAUCAGAGGAUGAACAAUUAUGGCUGGAUGAGGACCUGCCUAUCUCUUGCGGGGUGUUUAGCUCUAAAAACGUUGACAGUUUUGGUCCAGAAAAAUUUUCUCAUCAAGUAAGAGAUGACCCAAGUUGGAAGAGAGGAAAAUAUGGGAUCUACCCACGGCAAGGUGAAGUUUGGGCUAUAUACAUCAGUUGGAGUAGUGGAUGGUCUAAAUUAGAUUUCGAAAGGCACAAGUGCUCAAUUGUGGAAGUUGUUGCUGACUAUGCUGCUGGAAAGGGGGUCACAGUUUGCCAUCUAGUAAAAGUGAAGGGGCAUCGAACUGUCUUCAAGCAAGGCAGGAGGAAGGUUGAAAUUAAGCAGCUGCUGGAAUUCUCUCAUCGGAUCCCUGCUUUUCAGUUAACAACUGAAGUUGGUGGAGAGUUGAAUAGAUGUUGGGAGCUUGAUCCUGCAUCCGUUCCACCGGAGCUUUUUGCGUGAGGACAAAGUUCAACUCGGAAGUUCCCGCCCCAUCUCCCUCUGGUAACUGACCUAUAAAUAUUUUUCCUACAAAGCUGUGCUGUUGAAAAUGGUAGAUAGGGGCUUCGCGUGAUGAGAUGAAGCAAGCCUGAAAGGUGAGUAGUGGUAGUCACCCUUCCCUUUUGUUACUCUUGCUUCUUUUGGGCCUGCCGACGAUCUUGUUAUACUUCCAGUUGUCGAUUGAUCAUUCGGUUACACCCUCCGUGCAUGUAUUGAAGUUGUCUCAUCCGUGUGUCUACUCUUGACACAGAUGUCCCCAAGUUUUAGGGGUGGUGAACCUCUUGAGUUCUGUGUUGCUCCUCCCGCUCAACUAAUGAUAACAGAAUUGAGAUCCUUGAAUCAGUAGACAUAUUCCUUUUCUUCUA